GCCGCUUAGGGAUUUUAAGGUGUAGAUAAUGUAGAGCUAAUUACAAGAAGUGGAAAGGCUAUCUUUCUGGCUAUCCUUUCAAAAAUGGCAAGUUUCAACUAAUUUGAAGAGAAUCAAAACGCAACAGAACAGGCCAGGUAUUGAAAAUCAAUGACCCAUUCUACAAGAAACGCGAGUGUUGCUUAUUUCUAUCAAGUCGUUCAAGUUCGGCAAGAACCUCUCGAUGCUUCCUGCGUAUCUUCGAUGCCUGUAGGAUGGACAUGAUUGGAAUUCAGAUAUGACAGGAAGACUCACAGGAACAAGUUGCUUCACAUGCUGUUCAGCUUCUUGUAAAGUCAGACCUUUGGACACCAUGAGAUACCCCUUGAGAUGUUUCAGGUCAGGUAGAGGAACCGCACUGUCAGUUGGAAUCAUCCCACCACGCAUAGCAUGACACAUCGCACACGGCCUAGGCGACAAUGCACAUAGAUGCUGCCCCCUCGCAUCUGAAUGAUCGAGCUGAGGAAUGUGUAAAGCCAAGUAACAUUCGUGUGACAAGCAGAACAAGCAUACUUGAUGAAUUUGAUACCGUUGACAAGCUGCAGCAAAGUCAACGGAUCGCCCUCGCGCACGUUGAUCUCGAGGUGACGAAACCUGAGCGAUAAAAAGAGAUUGAGACUAUGGAAUAAACACAGCACAUCGAAGUCACCCCAAAGCUUUGAUUGCAUCGGGAGGUACGAUGUGCUCAUGCUGCAGCAUAGUGAGAU